GCGGGGGCCGGGCUCCGGGUCCCCGGCUGCUGCUGGCGCUGGGAGUGGCCCAGAUGGGGCUGGGGGGCCUCGGGGUGGCCCUCUCCUUCGCCGCCCUGGCCCUCACCACCUCCGCCCGCGUCAGGCACUCCUGCCCCUUCUGGGCCGGCUUCUCGGUGCUGCUGUCGGGUCUGAUCGGAGUUGUGUCGUGGAAAAGACCUCUCUCCCUUGUGAUAACCUUUUUCAUGCUUUUGUCAGCUGUCUGCGUGAUGCUGAACUUAGCCGGCUCCAUACUCUCCUGCCAGAAUGCCCAGCUGGUGAACUCUUUGGAAGGGUGCCAACUGAUUAAAUUUGACAGCGACAGUGUCUGCGUAUGCUGCGAGUUACAACACCAGAACUCGGGUUGCAGCUUGGGCGAGAUGCUGAAACUGAACCCCUUGCAGGAAUGCAACAGGGUCAGGCUGACUCUAAAGGACCUGUUGUUCAGCGUCUGCGCUCUCAAUAUCAUCUCGACGAUUGUCUGCGCUUUGGCGACUGCCAUGUGCUGCAUGCAGAUGGUCUCCUCUGACGUGCUGCAAAUGUUCCUGCCCCAGAGGUCUCAUUCUGCAAACCCAGAUUGCAUGACACCACAUGGGAUGAUAGUGCAUCAGACCCUGGAUUUUGAUGAGUUCAUUCCGCCAAUUCCUCCUCCGCCUUACUAUCCACCUGAGUAUACCUGCACCCCUGUGAUAGAAGCACAAAGAGGGCUCCAUUUGGACUUUCCUCACUCGCCCUUCAGUACUUUGUACGAAGUGUCCAUCAACAGCCCCGGGAUGCUUUAUCCGACUGAGUUGCCUCCUCCUUAUGAAGCGGUCAUUGGACAGACAACUGGAAACCAAGUCAGCACUAUGGAGCAGCAGGUCAUAGAGUCCAGCAUGGUAGAGAGAAACCCUACAACAGAUUUUAGCAGCCAAGUUCCUGUCUGUAGUCCUCAUGUGGCUGCCUCUGCUUGCCAGGAUGCCGGAAACCAUCUCUUGCCGACUGGAAAACCAAGGGACCCCCCGAAAGCCGAACAUUCCCGGAAGCCCAAGGCCUUACAGACCCUCUGCAAGGAACGGCCCCACUCCUUGGUGGACCUGCAGGCUUACAAGGACACUAAGAUCUUGGUAGCCAAAUUUUUGGAGCACUCAAACUGUAACCUGCCUCCGGAGGUGCGUCAUGUGGUAAACAGCAUCCGGUCGGUCAUCAAGUCUGAUGAGCGACACAUGGAAGAAGCCAUCUUCAGUGCCAACAUUAUUGACCAGGUGAUGACAAGCUCCCAGCAGACUGUGGAUACCUCACGAAAGCGACUUCAGGAAGACCUCCACCUCCAGAGCUGUGGGGCACUGAGCUCCCCGGUUGCCUUCUUACGCAGGGCCCACGUCGCCCGCACCUUCGAGCGGGGAAGGCCCCACAGUUUCAUCGGCCUUUGCCGAGAGACCAUCCUUUGACCCUAAACAAAUGGUUGGCACCAUUGCGGAGGAGUACAGGCCCACUCAAAGAGACCUUGAGGAUCCAGGGCAACUCACGGAUGGCUGGGAUUGGGGUCGUCAGCAGGAGAGAGGUGGCAAAAAUGAUCCAACAAACACCUUCUUCUCAACAAGUCUUCCUUUCGAAGUCCCUGUCUGGAUGGAUCUUCAGUCUCAAUGGCCAAAAAACAAAGGCCCAUGUUCAUGAAUGCAUCUUCAAGCGACAACAUUUGCACAAAGGGGAAAAACCCCCAAAACUAAACGGUUUUGAAACAGAACAAGGAAAACUGUCAAGUGCUCAUUCCCCCGCUAUGCCAAGAGUCAAGAUGCUAAAAGUUUCAAGCUUGGAGAGGUUGGACAGAGACUGUUGUGUUGCUGAGCUGCAACAAUGCUAUGGUACAACUUGGAAGUUGUAUUUACUCCAUGGUACCUCAAAAGUGUUUUAACUAAAUCGGAACAGUGUUUUAAUAACAAUGAUGAUGAUGAUAAGAAUAUUGAUGAUAAUAAUAAAAUUUUUUCCAAAAGGUAUCCCUGGACUUUUCCUCUUUCAGAACUGAUUUUCUGUAUCAUCAGUGGAUGGAUUGUCUGUCAGGACAAGAUGUGAGUGUGUUUACUGU